AUGUUGGCUGGAAAAGGCGUUCGUGCCAUUUCCGUGCUGUGGGCAAUGACUUUACUCUCUUUUAUUCUGGUCCCGCUCAGGCUCUACACCCGAGUCUAUAUUGUGAAAGCACUCGGGGUGGAUGACCAUGUCUUCAAUUUGGCCUGGGUAUUCCUCCUCAUCUACACUGUAUUUCUCACGAUUGCUGGUGUGCAUGGAUUCGGACAAUCGAUAAAUGCCUUGGAGAUGGACUCAGCUGUGAAGGCCGUGUAUAACGAAAUGAUUGGACAAACAUUUGCCAUAUUAGGAAUGGCGAUUGCGAAAAUCUCGCUGGGAACUUUCCUGCUUCGUAUUGUUAUCAAGCGAUGGCAUCGCAUUUCCAUAUGGACCUCAAUGAUCAGCUUGUCGAUUGUGUCGGUGAUGACCGCCCUCAUCUUCUGGUUCCAGCGUCUUCCGUCUCGAUCUAUAUGGGAUCGUCGCGUCCCAGGGUAUACUGUUGUCCCAGUCACCCCUUUCUCCGUUAUGCUUGGAUGUAUGUUCGAUAUCUCUUCGACUGCUGGUGUGCUGCCGUGGACUUUUAUUUUGCUCUUCUUGUGGAUCUUCAUUUGGAAUCUUAACAUGAAAGUCAAGGAAAAGAUGUCUAUCGUAAUCAGCUUGAGUCUGGGCUUCAUAGCCUGCAUUUGCGGAAUUAUCCGAACUAUUGACCUGGGCGGGCUGGCCAGCUCCAACUACACCGGUAAGCCACCUCCUCGCGUCUCAAUCCAAUGCCACUAA